CUUAGUGAAAAAUGGCAGCUUCGGUCGGAGUGGAAUAUAAACACAGCCCGGUUUUUCAUUGUUGAGCCGAAAGGCGGGGCAGUUGUAAAUCGGAGGUGUUUGGAGGGAGAGCAGUUUGGCUAAAACGAUCUGGGUCCUGUAUUCACAUCGAAGGGUCUGGGCGAUGGCAAGCAAUGCCGAGGAGGGCUCCACCUCAGAGCUGGCGGAUCUGGAGAUACGAGAGAGAUUCGGGUCCCGUGAGGAUAAACCUGGUUGUGAUUCUGAGGCGAUGGACCUGAAGGAGGAAGAUGGUCCUGGAUCUGAGGCAUCGUGUCUGGAGAAGGCUGAUGUAGACGUGCAGGACGAGGGCUCCAGAUGCGAGGUUGCAGUUCUGCAGAUGGAGGUGGAGAGGCUGCAGCGGGAGCUGCAGGAGUGUCAGAGUGAACUGCAGAGAGUGCAGAAGCAGCUCAGCCACAGCGAGAGGCUUCAGAAGAGCACAGAGAGCUUCAACCUGGACCUCAGACAGCAGGUUGAGAAGCUGAGCGUGGAGCUCCAUGAACGGAAGAAGAAAGAGAAGAACCGGACAGAAGCAGAGACUCAAACUGAGGAGUACACCUGGACUGAGACAGAUUAUUACAAUUACUACUACGGGGGCUACUAUCAGGCUGCUGCAGAGGGAGCAGCAGAAACCGAGCAAAGCAUCUCCACAGAAUCGCAGGAAACCUCUGAACUCACAGAGCCAUAUCCUACGGCAACAGAGACGGCGGCAGUGAGUGCACAGCAGUCCGAGGAAAUGACCAGUAUGGCACAGCCAGAGGUAACAGAGCAGGUGGGUGGUGAUGGCAGUUCUUCCAUAGCCGACAUGCUGAGAGCCACGGCAGAGGAAGCUCUGACUCAGACAGGCUUUGUGUUCGAUGAGAAUUCAGGCAUGUACUACGACCACGCCACAGGCUUCUACUACGACUCAAACAGCCAGCUGUAUUACGAUGCCAAUACAGGCAUGUACUACUACUACGACCAGGAGAGCGGAAAGUACCAGUUCCACUCCAGAAUUGAGCUACCUGCAGCACAGCCUGCCGAUCAAACUAUUCAGACCAGCAACAACCAGGAGAAGAUCAGCAAGAGGAGGAACAAGAGGACCUCAGAGAAACCAGCCCAACUGGAUAACAGGGACCACGGCAAUGUGGGGGAGGGUCCUGAGCCUGUUAAGUAUCGAGAGGAGGAAAAGAGGGAUGAAACACGGAGAAAAGAGCGACGCUCUCGCUCGCGGAGCAGGAAGCGCUCGUCUCAUUCAGAUGGAUCCGGUCGUCGUGGAAACAGAAGGCGGCGACAGAACGGGUCGCAUUCCGACGACGGACGCAGCAGCAAAAAGAAGAAGAAAAGGAAGAAGAAGAGGAGGAGGAAAACUCGCAGGGACAGGAAGUCAUGCUCUGAUGACACGAGCGAUGAGAGCGAGCCAGAGGAAGGAGAGAUCACGGGGUCAGAAGGAGAGAAAGAGCCUUCAUCACCAGCAUCAUCAUCCUCGCCGUCUGUUUCUCAAGCAGCCUCUCCGGCUCCAGACUGCGUAGAGAACGAGACGCAGGAAGAAGCAUGGCCUCCGUGCGUGAGGGUGACAGUGGUUCGUUCUCCUGUCCUUCAGCCCGGAACUCUCUUUAUCCUCACAGCUGAUACUGUCGCAACUAUCGGCCGAGAGAAAGACCUGAACCAUGCCAUCCGGAUUCCGGAGAUGGGAGUGAGUAAGUCACAUGUGGAGGUGUAUUUUGAUCAAGAUCAGCAGUGUUACAUGCUGGUGGACCAGGGCAGUCAGAACGGCACAGUCGUCAACGGCAACAGAAUCCUACAGCCUAAGGUGCGGUGUGACCCUUACCCUUUGACCCACGGCGAUGAGGUGAAGCUGGGGGAGACGGUUUUAUCCUUCCACAUUCACACAGGCACCGACACCUGUGACGGCUGUGAACCAGGACAGGUCAGAGCUCACCUGAGCCGACACCGACACCGCCAGGAGGAGAACACAGUGUGUUUGCUCAGUAAAGAGGAUAAAGAGGUGCAGAGACAGAAGGGGCUCAAACAGAUGAAAAUCAAAUACGGCCUUGAAAGCAGUGAAUAUGAGGACAGCGGCGUGUUGAAGAACAGUAAGUACAAGGACCGAGCAGAGACCAGGAGACAGACGGUGGGCAGUGAGGGAGCCUUCCACAGAGACGACGCUCCGGCAUCCGUGCACGUGGAAAUCAAUGAGGAGAAUAAAGGACGGCAGAUGUUGGAGAGAAUGGGCUGGAAGAGCGGAGAGGGACUGGGCAAAGACGGAGCCGGCAUCACAGAACCAAUCGGGGUGCAGGUGCGGCCGGUCCAGUCCGGUCUGGGCUCCGUCGGCCCUCUUUCGAUGGAGGAGGCAUCCAUAGGCCGGAGCAGGAACCAGCAGAACUGGGAGCGGGCGAGAGAGCGUUUCUCACAGGAAGUCACUCACUCCAACAAGAAGCCUCAAGCCUGGGUCAAAGGGCAGCCUGCCGAGUGACUGCGAUGUGGGCUGCCCAACGAGAGGGAACGAAUUCAUGGUGUUCAUAUGGGUUUUGGGAUGUCACUGGACUCAAAGAAGGACCCGCCCUCAGACAGCGACCGGUCCUGAGGAGCUUAUUCAGGAGAGAGAGUGGCUGAGAGAUCUGUGUGUUUCACUGUUACAGCUGAAGGGUUACGUCCACAGCAAGAUUCUGUUCAUUUUCAGUAUUUUCCUAAUAAAACUACAGCCAAAAAAUAAUAACAUAUGUAGAAAACCUCAGAAAUGUGUUCAUCCCAGCCUCAGCUUCAGACGCUUCGCCCGACAGAUGGACGUGAAGCAUCUGAGAGGAAUGUGCAGGGCAGGUUUUAGAGCUGGAGCCAUUAAUUCAGUGAAGUUGAUUACAUUAAAUGAGGUGCUGCUGAUGGAGCGAGAAGGCUAGAACCGAAUCUGCUUCCUUCUUAUCAGCUCACAACAUAUCAGUAACUUUACUGAUAAAAAUUCUUCUUGCUUGUCACACUAUUAAAGGGCUCAUAUUUUGGAAAAUCA